AUGCAGUUCCUCACCACCAUCGCCCUCACCCUCGCUCUCGCAUUCUCCCCGUCCGCAAUUGCUGCCCCAAACGCUAUCGCGAACACGGACCUCCUUCCCCGCGACAUAUCCAGCAUGCCCAAUGGCAUGAAGUCGCUUCUAACCCGAGACGCCACGGCCGACUCCAUGACCCUCGAGAAACGCGCAACCUGCGUUUCUGCAUGCCUCUCUGGCUGCGGCUUCUGCGGCAGUCAGGGCUGUCUCGCCAAUUGUCAGAUCAACUGUUCCAUCUGUUGUGCGAUUCACAACGGGUGUUGCGAGAAGGACCACACGCUCGUUUAUACUCGAGAAGUUGGGGAGAUCGAUAAAUGCCGUAGCUUUGAAUAUACAAAUGCGAUCUUCAAUUAUGCCAUCAUCAAGCUACUAUAG